CUGCAGCAUGCCCUUAGCAAGUCGGUUAAAAAGUUUAUAACAUUUAAAAUGGAUUAAAAGUAGAAGAACGGAUGCAGUUCAUGAAAACUAAUGGUAUAACAAAAGAUGGCGCCUGUAGAUCUAGCAUCAAUGUCGGACAUGUGGUGUUUAGACUCUUCUAACCCAUAUGUUAUACUCGACUGUCUUCUACCAACAGGGAUAAUUGUACAAUUAAAGGAAUUCAAAGACGCUACUCUCAGCCAAGUGAAACAGAAUCUCUGGGCAACAGCUAAAGAGUAUCCCUUGCAUAAGAGAUUGAAAGACCGCAACAAUUAUGUGUUCAUGUGUAUAUCAAGCCUAGCAGUUAGGGAAGAGUUAGUAGAUGAAAGUCGACGACUCAAUGACAUCCGUCCAUUCCAGCCAAUGCUGAAAGUUGUCGAGAGGACGGGCAACAAAGAAGAAAAAUUACUGAACUCACAAAUCAGUGUACUCAUUGGAAAAGGUCUGAAUGAAUUUGAUGCGAUGAACAGUCCAGAAGUUAAUGAUUUCCGUCAUAAAAUGAGAAGAAUUUGUGAACAAGUAGGAGAAGAGAGAGAUGGCAAGUCGUGGUAUGAACAGAUGUUAUACAAAUAUCCACCAGAGAUCUACCCCACACCUGAGAUGCCUCAAUAUAUAAGAGAUAAACUUCACGAGAAAAACAUGUUUAUGGUUACGGUUCUCCUUGAAAACAAUGUCGAUGCCAAGUAUGGUUUCUUGGUUCAGACCUGUGACACACCGUCUACACUCAUAAAGCAAGUUUUGAAAAAGCGAGAUGCCACAACUGGUCAGGCAAUGGAUGGAGUUGAAAACUACCUCCUGAAAAUCUGUGGCCGCCAAGAGUUUUUACUGGGAGAAUACCCACUGAGUCAGUAUAAGUAUCUACAAGAGAUGACUUCCAAAGGUCUGGAACACACAUUUAUGCUCAUUCACAGAGAGAAUGUUCCAGUUGAAGAGAAACCACCAAAAGUGCCGCCAAGAACAAAUGGAAAGCGUCGACCCCCUCCUCCUAUUCCAUCCCCGAGAAAGGGGGAUCAUGGGAAAAGUGUAUCUCUCUGGUCUAUGAAUGAAGGAUUCAAAGCAGCUGUCCAAUCUGUAGAAAAUAUUACCUGGGAAGAAAACUGUAAGCUGAGUCUGCGAGUAGGUCUAUACCAUGGCGGGGAGACUAUAUGUGAUAUGAUAAACACAUCUGGGGAAUUAUUGAUGGAUGGUAAGGUGACAUGGGACACAGACUUAAAGUUUGACAUCCAAGUGUGUGAUGUACCAAGGAUGGCCAGGCUCUGCUUCGCACUCUGUUAUAAUGUCCUCGAUCAGAAGCAUACAAAAGGCACUACAAAAAAUAAAAAAGUGAAACUCAGAAACAAGGAAAUGAUCCCCAUAUCCUGGGUGAAUAUAACAGUGUUCGACUAUAUAGAUCGCCUACGUACUGGUGUCUAUAGUUUACCUAUGUGGGGGUUCACAGAUGAUAUGCAGCUAGAAGACAUCUUACAUCCGUUAGGAACCGUUGAGUGCAAUCCAGACAUGACAGAGACGUGUGUUUUAAACAUUAAACUAAGUAACUUCAACAGAGAUCUGCCGAUUGUCUACCCAGGAUUUGAAGAGGUGUUAGCUGAAGCUGCUAGUCAUGUGAGAAAGACUGGAAGCUUAUUGAUUGAAACAAAUGACCAGGCUAAAGAACAGUUACGCCUGAUGAUUGCUAAAGACCCCUUAGAACAACUAUGUGAACAAGAAAAGGAAACAGUGUGGUCAUUACGUUAUGAAUGUCAUUAUCAUUUCCCUGAGUCAUUACCGAAACUGCUCAGCUGUGUAAAGUGGAAUAGCCAUGUAGAUGUUGCUAAGAUGCAAGCUCUUCUACAGAUCUGGCAGAAGUUGAAACCACUGGCUGCAGUCGAGUUGUUAGACUUCCAAUAUGCAGACAAAGCUGUGCGAAAAUAUGCGGUUGAUUGUCUUAAGGAUAUCAGUGACUCUGAAUUGAGUAUGUACUUGUUGCAAGUUGUCCAGGUCCUGAAGUACGAGUCAUACCUCGAUUGUGAUCUUGUAGAGUUCUUACUGAAACGAGCACUAAACAAUCAGAAAAUUGGCCAUAUAUUUUUCUGGUUGUUAAAAUCUGAAAUGCAUGUUCCUUCUGUAUCAGUAAGGUUUGGCCUCAUACUAGAAGCAUACUGUAGGGGCUGUAAAUCACACAUGAAGAUGCUAUAUAAACAAGUAGAGGCACUCAGCAAGUUAAAGGAAGUGAAUGAGUUAAUAAAAAGUGACCAAUACAAAGAUAGGAAAGUGAAGCAAAAAGCUUUAGCAGAGAUGCGUUCGAGAUUCGAGCAAAAAUCAUAUUUUGAUUCAUUGAAAGACCUGCAUUCUCCCAUCGACCCCUGUCUUGUCAUGGGAACAUUAAAGGUGGACCAGUGUAAGUUCAUGGACUCUAAGAUGAAACCACUGAGACUUGUGUGGAAGAACCAGGAUGUAAAUGGGGAUGAUAUCUUAAUCAUAUUCAAGAAUGGGGAUGACUUGAGACAAGACAUGCUGACCCUCCAGAUAAUUCAGAUUAUGGACAGUAUAUGGCAGUCAGAGGGCCUAGAUCUCAGAAUGAAUCCCUAUGGCUGUGUGGCAACAGGAUGUAAGGUUGGAAUGCUACAGGUUGUCACCAAUGCCAAGACUAUAGCCAACAUUCAGAAGGGUUAUGCCACAGUAACUGUCAAGUCUGCAUUCAACAAAGAGUCAAUCUACAAAUGGCUCAGUCAAUGUAACCAAGGAGAACCAGAGAAGUUAAACAAAGCAUGUCAGGAGUUUGCACUAUCGUGUGCUGGUUAUUGUGUUGCCACAUAUGUCCUGGGAAUAGCUGAUAGGCAUAGCGACAACAUAAUGGUGCGGGAGAAUGGACAGCUCUUCCAUAUUGACUUUGGUCAUUUCCUUGGUAAUUGGAAAAGUAAAUAUGGUGUAAAGCGUGAGAGAGUGCCAUUCGUAUUGACCAAUGAUAUGGUGUAUGUCAUCAACAAGUCAAGCAACAAAUCAAGCCAGAGCCAGGAUUUUGCAAGGUUCAAGGAGACAUGUGAACGUGCAUUCUUAAUUCUACGCAAGAAGGGAUACCUCCUCAUUACACUAUUCAUGACUAUGUUAUCCACUGGCAUCCCUGAGCUGACCUGUGUGGAGGAUAUUAGCUACCUCAAAGAGGCUCUUGUACUUAACCUCUCUGAGGAUGAGGCAAUUAAACAUUUCAGGAACAAGUUCAACGAGGCUUUGAAAAACAGUUGGAAAACCAGUUUAAACUGGACAGCCCAUAACAUUGCUAAGGACAAUGUGUGAUCAAAGGGAUGAUUGAUAUUUACCUGAAAGUAACCUGAAAAAUGGAUACUAAUUAAUAAAGCCUAAUUUGCUGGUAUACCUCUGUAAGAUCUAAAGAUAAUCUUAAAAUUGAGGUGCAAAUUAUGCUUACCUUAUUCUUAUGUGCCAAGGAUGGGGAUUGGUGGGAUGGUCCAAUUAAACUUCUCUUUCUCUAAGAGAUGAAUUGUAAUAUCAACGUAACCAAUGUAUAAUAAGCGCAUAACAUGUAACUACAAUGCACAUAGCGCAUAACAUGUAACUACAAUGCACAUACAGAAUAUAUGUUUUUACUUCGUAUGCCUACUUGUAUAUAUGUACAUAAUAUUUAUACACAGAAUCAAAAGAUUGGAGAUUAUCUAUAUCAGAAUACUCUACCAUUUUGAUUCAUCACAGCUCACAAAUGGAUAUUUUUAACUCACAUUGUGAAGUUAAACAUGAAACACAAUUUGGAGAAGGGACCUUGCACAAAUAAUUUGCUCAAAUACUGUGCCUAAAAGUAUGAAUGGAUGUUAGAAUAUGAUGUAAUUAUCAUGCAACUUUGAAUAAGUUGCAUACUCGUACUAUGCAAUCUUGUAUUACUUACUGUUGUGGCAUAUUUAGAUUAUAAGUCCAGUGCAUGAAUGCAAUGUAAUUGAUCAAUGUAAUGUGAAAUGUGAAAAAAUGAAAUUGUCACCUGGCUGUCUGAUAAAUUAACAAAAGAGUUUGUAAAGACAUAAAUGCUUACUAUGAGUUGAUUUUCAUGGUUACAAAAAAUGAAUUACAAUAAUGAAUUUUUAUAAAUAGUUUGCCUCUGUUUUAGUAAACAUAGUCUGGCCAUGUUAUGGAAUGCAUUUGCUCAUCGAUCAUGCUCAUAUAAACACAUCAUCACACUAUCACACAUAUAUAUUAUAUACAGAUGAAGUGCGAUGGAACAGCUGUAAAUGGAGGCACAUAAAAUAUAUAUUUUGAGGCUGAUUGCUGUAUGAUAAUUCAUCUUAGGAACCACAGCAAUUGCCGUAUAUCAGUAAAUUACUAAAUUGUAUUGUAUAAAGCUAUUAUUUUUCGAAUAAAAUAUAUGGCAAAA